AUGGCUGCUGUUAAAAGAAAGGCUAGUCAUGAUUCUGAUGCUUCUGAUAUUAAAAGCAAAACUAAUAUUAAACUAGCUAAGAUAGACAACUCAAAGCUUAAAAAUAAUCAAGAAGUAGAAAAAGUUAAAGAUCAUGAGAAAGAAGAAGAAGAAGAAGAAGAAGAAGAAGAAGAAGAAGAAGAAGAAGACAACGAAGACAACGAAGACCAACUUAAAGAAGGAAACUCAGAUAAAAAACCUGCUUCAAGAACAACUGCUCAAGAUAUUCAAAUAGCUAGAGAGACAGCUGAAUUAUUUAAAUCUAAUAUCUUCAAAUUACAAAUCGAUGAGUUGUUGAACCAAGUUAAAGUUAACCCAAACCAUGUUUCAAAGCUAGAAAAAUUCUUACAUAAACUAUACGACGUUCUACAAUUAAUUCCAGAUUGGAAAGAAUCGUCUUUAGCAGAUGUAGAAACUUAUUUCGAUGAUAAAACAGUCAAGAUUCCAUUUGCCGAUCCAAAACCUAUUGCAUCUUCCACAAACUAUAAAUUUAAUUAUAAAUCUCCAGACCAAGUGUCUCUAAUUGGUUCAUUCCCAUUAAAGACUUUUAUAAACCAACCAAAUGGCAAUUCCAUAGAUAUUUUAUUAACAAUGCCCAUAGAGCUGUUUGAUAAAAAGGAUUUCUUAAAUUUUAGAUGUCUUCAUAAGAGAAGUGUUUAUUUAGCUUACUUGACACAUCAUCUAUCUUCAUUGUUAGCAAAGGAUUCUUCUUUAAAAGAUUUAUUAAAUUUGGAAUACACCUAUCUUAAUAAUGAUCCACUAUUACCAAUUUUAAAAUUAUCAUGUUCUAAUGAAACAAAUUCUAAAAAAGAAUCUCCCUAUAAUUUCCAAAAGACAAAUUUCUCCAUAAAUUUAAUCAUUGGCUUUCCAUUUAAAGCAUUUGAUACUAAAAAAUUAUCUCCCAAAAAAAAUUGUAUUAGAGUAGCCAUAGAAAAGGACUCAAAUAAUAAUUCUUCAUCACAUUCAGCAUUACCUCCAACGUUAUUAUAUAAUUUCUCCGUUUUAUCAUCUUCAAGCCAUGAAAUAUAUUUGAAAUAUUUAUAUAAAACCAAAAAAAUCACCGAGUCUUUCCAAGAAGCUACAAUAUUAGGUAGACUAUGGCUAAAUCAACGUGGGUUCAGUUCAAGUUUAGCCCAUUCAGGCUCAUUAGGUGGAUUUGGUUCAUUCGAAUUUUCUCUAUUAAUGGCUGCUCUAUUAAACGGGGGUGGUAUUAAUGGUAAUAAGAUAUUAUUGCAUGGGUUUUCCUCUUAUCAAUUAUUUAAGGGUGUUAUCAAAUACUUAGCUACAAUGGAUCUUUCUUCAAAGGGUCAUUUACAUUUCCAUUCCAUGCCAUCAACUUCCUCAUCAGAUGAUUCAACAAAUGCUCAUUUCCAUACUUCAAAAUACACAGAGGAAUCUUUUAAUUUCCCAACCAUCUAUGAUAGAUCAACCAAUAUUAAUAUUCUAAGUAAAAUGUCAAUUGAGUCUUAUAAGAUUUUAAAACUAUAUGCCACUGAAACUUUAAAGAUGUUAAAUAACGUGGUACAAGAUCAAUUUUCAAAUGUUUUCUUAACUAAUAUCAAUAAAUUAGAUAAUAUAAAAUAUGAUUUAGUUUAUGAUUUAUCAUUCCCUGUAGCAUCUCUAAAAGUUGCCAUGAAUGAAUUGUAUGAAGAUUUUGGUCCUUUUGAAAGAAUAAAAUUUAUAACUUUUGAAAAUUUCUUGGUGGAUAAAAUUUCUAAAAUCAUCAAAUUCUCCUUAGGUGAUAGAAUUACUACUUUCGAAAUACAACUGUUGGGACAAAAGUCUUCGUUCCCCAUCACAAGAAGAAAAAUUUAUCACUCUAAAAAUCUGAUUGCCAAUUUUACUGCAAUUAGAAUCAAAUUAUUAACAAAUCCAGCAGAAUCGGAAAAACUAGUGACAAGAGGCCCAGCUCAUUCAGAAGAACCAACUGAAGAGGCAAUUAAUUUCAAAAAUUUCUGGGGCAUCAAAUCUUCGUUACGUCGAUUCAAAGAUGGGUCAAUUACUCAUUGUUGUAUAUGGCAAACAUCUUCAUCUGAACCAGUAAUUUCGUCUAUUUUGAAAUUUGUUCUCCAAAGUCACUUAUUCGAAAAUGUUACAAUUAAUGAUACAAUUACAAAACAAUUCCAAGAUUUAUUACCAUUACCAAAUCUUCCUGCAAGUUCUAAAACUUCAAUUUUGAAUUUAUCAAGCUAUUUCAAUUUGAAGAAAUCUUUUGAUGAAUUAUACAAAGUCCUUUUCAAAAUGCAAUUACCUUUAUCAAUUAAAUCCAUCCAACCAGUUGGCUCGAAAUUUAGAUAUACUUCUUUAUGCCAACCUGUUCCAUUUGCUUAUUCUGAUCCAGAUUUCUUCCAAGAUGUUAUUUUGGAAUUUGAAACCUCUCAAAAAUGGCCAGAUGAAAUUACUUCUUUAGAAAAGUCAAAAUCUGCCUUCUUAUUGAAAAUCCAUGAACAACUUAAUACAGAACACAGUGAUAAAUUUAAAUCGUUUUUCACUCGUGAUGAAUCAAUUCCUUAUAAUUUGGAAAUAACUAUUUUAAAUAUUUUAACCCCAGAAGGUUAUGGUUUUAAGUUUAGAGUUUUAACUGAACGUGAUGAAAUCUUGUAUUUAAGAGCUAUUUCAAAUGCAAGAAAUGAAUUAAAACCUGAAUUAGAAAACACUUUCUUAAAAUUUACUGCUAAAUACUUAGCUUCUGCUAGACAUACAAGAACUAUUGAAAAUAUUUCACACUCUUAUCAUUAUUAUUCUGCAACUGUUAGACUAUUUAAAAAAUGGCUGGAUAUUCAUUUAUUAUUAGGACAUUUAAGUGAUGAACUAGUUGAAUUGAUUGCAAUGAAACCUUUUGUUGACCAUUCACCAUACCUAAUUCCUGGUUCUCUUGAAAACGGGUUCUUAAAAAUUUUAAAAUUUUUAAGUCAAUGGAAUUGGAAGGAAGACCCUUUAAUUUUAGAUCUAAUAAAGCCUGAGGAAGAAUUCGAAAGUGGUUUUGAAACUAGUAUUGGUGGUUCAGACUUAGAUUCUAAAACAUUAAAAAAGUUAUCAGAAAAACUUACAUUAGCUCAAUAUAAGGCUAUACAAUCUAAUUUUACCAACUUGAGAAAAAGUGAUCCACAUGGUUUAAACAUUCAAUUCUUUAUUGCUUCUAAGAUUGAUCCUAGUGGUUUAUUAUACUCUAGUGGUAUUCCGCUACCAAUUGCCACUCGUGUGACAGCAUUGGCUAAAGUUGCAGUCAACAUUUUAGAGACUCACGGACUAAACAAACAAACUGUUGAUUUAUUAUUUACUCCUGCAUUAAAGGAUUAUGAUUUUGUUGUCCAAUUAAAAGCACCAAAACCAUUAAAAGCCUCUUGUGGUAUAUUGGAAAACACUGAAUUCAAGAAUUUAUCUCAAUUACCAACCAAAUUUCCAUCUGAUUUAGAUUCUAUCUCUGAGAAGAUGGAUCCAACUUAUCAGUUAGUUAAGUAUUUAAAUAUGAAAUACAAAAACAGCAUUAUCUUUUCUAGUCAUAAAUAUAUGGGGGCCAAUGGUGGAGAAAAUGGAGAUAAAAAUGUUAUUACAGCAUUAAUUAAACCAAUGUUUAAACAAGACCAUGCUUUUAAGGUGAACAUUGAUUGUAAUAUCAAGCCUGUCGAUCAAGAACAUGUUUCAUUGAACAAAGAAGCAAUAUUCCAUGAAAUAGCUGCCUUUGGUAAUGAGUUUGUGGUUGAAUUUGAAACAAAAUAA